CCUCGGCUCGACGCAACUUGCCCGUGUAUUUAAGCACUCGCCGCCUGCCAAACAUCUCUCUCGGCCACUCAACAAGUUCGUGCGCUCCAAUCCGACUAAUUUCGGCUCAAACAAUCGUUAGAAAAUAUAAUUAGAGAGGAUGAGGCCAGGAAUUGCAGCCAGCCUGUUCGCGCUUAUCACAUUAUGCCUGAUGGCCUGCGCAAAUGGAUCCCCCCUAAUCAAUCCAAGCAACGAAGUAAUAGAGACGGACAUGGAUCCUGAAUUGAUGCUCCAAAUUCUGGCUCGCUUGGGACAGUCGAUGUUGAGGAAUCAAGAAUUGGAGAGAAUUUACACCCCAAAGAGCUCAAAACGAGGCCUGGAUUUCGGCAUGAGCCGUGGCUUCUCGGGCUCGCAGACGGCCAAACACCUGCUCGGACUGGCGGCCGCCUCUUACGCAGGCGGGCCCGGCCGCAGGAAGCGCGACGCGGCACCAUUCACCAACUAAUCCCUCCUAAUUAUUCGCACCCACUACAGAAUCUCUUCAUCCCACCCUUUCCCCAGGCAGGCUUACCCGAAAAAAAUCAGAGAGGCGGUCGGUGUCUGCCUUUUCCUCCAGAGGAAAUUUCUUUCUCUGUCUCAUUAUUCACGACGGCCAAAUUAAGUUCUCUCCCCCAGAGGCUCCUUAUUUUUCCUCCAAUAUUAUCCAUCCCUCAUGGUCCUGUUGGUAUUCACCAGAUUCGUACAUGUUUUAGCAAAGCAGAUCGAUGCUCUCGGCGUAGUGAGUGUAUAUUUUUGUCUCUCCGAUAGCAACUCCUUUUUCCUUAGUCGCCGAGCAGGAUUGAUUGUAUGUAAUAUAUAUCAAUGUAUUCGAGAUCUUUCCCAUUUCCCACUCCGCCGUGUAGUGUGAUUAGUAACCGCGCGCAGCGAAUUAGCGUGCGCAUCACUAUAGGAGCAUGAUUGCGAUCCUGGCCAAACCCUUCACCCGUUCGUUGCAAAAUAUUACCUCUCAAUUCUAAUAUUGUAUCGGGCCUCGACGUCAAAUUCUACAUACACACAUUAUGUAGCGCACAGUAAGUCUGUAUCAAGGUUUAUCAAUAAAAGUCUAAUAUAUGCAGCCACAGUA